AUGCCAGGCAUUCUACCCAUGAAAGUGAUCAAGGUCGGGUCGAGUGCUCAAUCCCGCAUUGCACAGGCCUGUGAUAGAUGUCGAAGCAAGAAGAUCAGAUGCGACGGAAUCCGACCGAGUUGUUCGCAAUGCACCAGUGUCGGAUUCGAGUGCAAGACUAGCGACAAACUGAGCCGUCGCGCCUUCCCCAGAGGAUAUACAGAGUCGCUAGAAGAAAGAGUCCGGAGUCUAGAAGCCGAGGUUAGGGAGCUGAAAGAACUGCUCGACGAAAAGGAUGAGAAGAUCGACAUGCUAUCGAAGCUACACUCUGCCUCUGCACAAUCAGCCUUCCAGAACUCACCGCGGCGAACAUCAACCACGCCGGCUGCCGCCUCACCAAAUACGAGUAGCGACGAUAUUUUUCGAGUCCAACAAACGCUCCAAUUAGACGGCAAUGGCACAAAUGCACAUUUCGCCGGUACAUCAAGCGGAAAAGCCUUCUACGAUUCUUUCUCGCGGCGAGUCCAGGAGCUCGGUCGACCCUCACCCGUCAUCGACCUACAGGCAUUGUUACCAGGUGGCACUCACAUUGCCCCUCGCAAUCCUCUUUCCGAACCCAUGGUAUGGAAGACACCUGCUAGACUAGAGUCGGACCGCUUGAUCGGCGUCUUCUUCCAAGAAUGGGCGCCACUCUUCCCUGUACUACAUCGUCCCACCUUCCUUGAGCUCUAUCAGUCAUAUAUGUCUAGUCCGGAGAACAUCGUGGACAAUUGCAGCCAUGCCCAACUCAAUCUAGUCUUCGGCAUUGCUGUCCUGUCCAGCGGCUCACGCGACUCGCCUGAACUCCGUUCUUACGAGGCACAAUGGCAAGCAGCUAUCGACUCGAUACUUUCUGAUCAUAGCAUGCCCACCCUGCAAUGCUUAAUCUUGGCACAGCUCUACUGCAUGCAACGUGGCGACUACGAUAGACUGCUAACCUACAAGGCACUUGCUGUCACCCUUUCCUCCAGAUUGGGACUACAUCAAUCGCAGAAGCGUUUCGCGCUCGGUGCUUCCACUAGUGAGAUGAGGAAGAAGGUGUUCUGGUCUCUCUACACGGUUGACUGUUUCUCUGCUGUCACGCUCGGCCUACCUAAGCAGCUUAAGGAUGAGGAUGUACACUGCGAAGAGCCCAGCGAUGCUGAUGAGGAGUACGUCGACGAGACUGGCUUCAAGGCGCCUUGCCCUGGUGAGUAUACCAGAGUUUCCAGUGCGCUAGCACUCUUCCGCGCUGCUCGUAUUCUGUCUCGUGUUCUCGAAGAGAUCUAUCCUGCUCGCUCAUCGUACGAGCUUUCUCUCCAACAGCUCUCGGCUUUGUCGGAAGAGUUGGACGCGUGGCACAGCGCGCUCGCGCCGCAUUUACGCCUACCAUUUGCAAACGACAAACCCACCACCGGCACGGUCAGCAGCCGUUCUCCGUUACUGUCAUUGACUUACCACUUCAUCCGCGCUCUUGUUCAUCGUCCAGCAGUAUGCGCUUCCCUCGGCCCACGUGCCUCUUCGUCCUUGCUCGCAGUAGCAGGAUCUUCUAAGCACAGCAUUCAGAUCAUCGAGUUGCUGAGCGAGAGAGGUUUAUGCUUUUCGUUCUGUAUCAACAAGGAUGAACUCCUCGUCUUGUCCGGGCUUGGGCUACUUUUUCAGAGCCUGGAACUCGGCGAAAACAGCAAACUAGUCAAGGACAAUCAGAAGAUGAUCACGACUGUUGCCAGGAUUCUCACCCAGACCAAAGCAGCGUCCGCGUCUGAAUUCCAGCAGCUUGCCCCUUCGGUCCCAGAUGUCUCUACGCAGCCCCCAGCCAAGCAGCAGCAUCAGACCUUGUCGCGCCACAACUCUGAUGGCGCUAUCCACCCUGUAGGCUCCUCUUACCAUGGAAGUGCCUCUUCUUCAACCGAGAAGAACCGGUUCAAGGCAGCAGCCCAGCGAAUCAUGGCUAAGACGCCUUUCGAUCGCCACGAUCAACGAAGAGCAACUUUCCCGAACAUAUCGCUGCAUCACAACGCAGUGCAGACGCAGAGUCAGCCGAACAUACCCCAGGUCGCAACUUCCGAACCCGCAUAUAGUCCCGCUGAUCCUUCCCCCGCACCACUACCCGCUUCCGCCCGACCAUCAGCGCCACCAAACCAAAGACCUGUGCCAUCCUUCUCUAAACAGCAGCAGCUCAAUCUAGACUACCUCUCUUUCAGCAACGUUCCCACCCGCACACACUCACCUGAUGAUCACGCGUACAUCAAGCAGGAGCCCUCGGACUGGGAACGCCUGCUCGGCUCGAUUGACAAUGGCCAAACCAACAUCUUCGAUAACAUCUACGGAGGCCCACCUGUCGAGUUCAUGGAAAAUCACCACCAGAACGUCAAGCACAUUCCCAUGGCUUCAAGCUUACCUAACCCGGCUCCCCAGUGGACCCAUUCCGUACCUGACAUUUGGGCUGUAACAAACUCCGACAUUAAUACCAUGAGUUGCAGCAUGGCUGGCAGCAUCGCUCACCCCGAAAGUGUCUUCAGCAUUGGCACUGACGACGGCACUGCUACCGGCGACGAGUUGUUCGGCAACGACUGGGGCAGCGCCAGUAGCACAAACGGCAGCGAAGCCUACGCAGGCAUCGUGAUGCCUCAACUCACCCCUGACGAGCACAGCAUGCUGAGCAGUAUGUGGGAGACCACUGCUGUUCUCCAAGCCUCGUAG